UUUUUGGUAUCCUUGGCGUCUCAUCUACUUCCUCAAAUGUUAGUUUCUUUCACUUUUCUUUCUUGUGAGGUUCAGACUACAGGAGAAAGCCUGACAUCAGAUUAUCUGUAUAAAUAUUAAAGCAUGGCUUUGCCCUACAACGCCGGCAACCUGAAGAAAGCAGAGGAAACCGCUCAGAUGCUCAGUGAGGCCAUCAAUACAGGAGACAAAGCUGAGGCCAUCCAAUGUGUAGAGGAGCUCCUUACGCUGAAAGUGCCUGUGUGCAUGCGGCUUACUCAGGAGGCGUAUUCCCAAGAGUUCAUCAGGUUGCGAGUUGGUGUUGAAGAUGCUCUGUCUGAUGCCUACAUCACAAUGCUGGUGACUCCUGGCAUGACCAUCUCAGAACUGAAACAGAAGAUCAACCGAGACUAUGGCUUCCACCCAUCAUUACAGUGCUGGAUCAUAGGGAAGCGGUUUGUUAAAGACGAAGACACUCUGUUCAGCCACAACGUGACCUGUGACGAUGAUCAGGCGUUUCUCUUCAUCAGAUCUGCUCAUUCUGCCAAACUCAGCCGAGAACAGCAGAAACAAGAGGACCAGGACAGGAGGAUAGGCGGCAUUAUUGAGAACAUCGAGGUUCUCAGUAGAGGUGCGGCAGAUCCAGGAGCUCGACGCAAACAACCUCAAGGGUCUCCUGCACGGAAACCUUGCCCAGCACCUCCACCCAAACCAGUGGUAGGAUGGUCAUGUUCGCAGUGCACGUACAUGAACAAACCCACGCGGCCAGGGUGCGCCAUGUGCAGUGCUGCGAGACCAGAGAACUAUAAAAUACCAGAUAUAUACCAACCAGAUGAAGAGGAAACACGCAGACUUCAGCAAGAAGAGCUGGCCAGUCUACAGUAUCAACAGUCCAUCCUAGAGGAGCGAGAGAAGAAUUUCCUCACUCUGAUAGAGACAGACAAUCAGGACCUGGUUAGUAACACAGAGGAGAUUUCCUGCCCCAUCUGCUGCGAGGAUAUCCCGGCAGGACAGGGCGCCACUCUCCGAGAGUGCCUUCACAGCUUCUGCAGAGAGUGUGUGAAGUUGACCAUUGUGAACUGUGUGGACGCUGAAGUGGUGUGUCCUUAUGCAGACGGGGAAUACUCCUGUAAUUGCACGCUUCAGGAUCGAGAGAUUAAAACACUCCUAUCACCUGAAGAAUACCAGAAGUUUUUGGAGUUGAGGCUGAAUAUUGCCGAGACACGCAGUGAGAACAGUUACCACUGUAAAACCCUGGACUGCCCCGGCUGGUGCAUAUUUGAAGACGACGUCAACGAAUUUGCCUGCGACAUCUGCAAUGAGACCAACUGCCUCCUCUGUAAGGCUAUUCACAAAGGCAUGAACUGUAAAGAGUACCAAGAUGACCUUCGCCUCAGAGCAGAGAACGAUGCUGCAGCCAAACGAACCACAGAGAUACUAGAGAUGAUGUUGCAGAAUGGUGAAGCCAUGUACUGUCCCAAAUGCAAAGUGAUCAUCCAGAAGAAAGACGGCUGCGACUGGAUCUGCUGCCUCAUGUGCAAGACGGAAAUCUGUUGGGUGACCAAACAGGCCAGAUGGGGUCCUCAGGGUCAUGGAGAUGUCUCGGGUGGAUGCAAGUGUCGCAUCAACAGUGCCCCUUGUCACCCGAAUUGUCAGAACUGUCACUGAUCUCGAAUCUGUCCCUGUGAGGACUCAUCAUAUUUCCACAGACACUGUGGAGUAAGAAAAAAAUAACUGCUUCUAUAUCUAGCAGACUGAAGCUAUUCAUCCAUAAUCUUUAAUAACCUUUACGUUAAUUGUUUACAAAAAUCAUCAUCUUUGUUGUAGGGGUUUUUUAUUUGGGUAUAUUGAUGAUCAAUAUGUUUUUGUUUUUUGGAUGAUGACCAAAGCAGAUCUUGCACAUUAAGCUUCAUGGCACUAAGAUGAUUAGAUCGAUGAAGAAUGUUUGUAGCAUUGUUGCGUUGAAUUAGCAAAUGACUAAGUAGCUCUGUGUUAAAUUACACAACUUAUAGCAUCACUGUGAUUGAGUGGGAGUGUUGGGGGGGGGGGGAUUCCUGGGCCACAGUUAGACAAGGCAUCAUCAGGAUUUGAACUCAUGAUCUCUAGAUAACGUUGUGCCACUCAGAAGCUUUGUAUAUUAUAUAGUAAACUCUUGCAUUAUUUUAUAAAUAUGUCAUUUAAUGUGUAGACAGGCGCA